GACUUGGUUCGACUACUGCUAGAAGGUCAUGAACCUCAGACUAGCGAUCUCCGAGCCCGAGCUUCCAACAACCCUAGUGGUGGAAAUUCGUAUACCGGUGUCUCCAUCCCAAAUGGAAUGCUACAAUCCACUCGAUCUUAUCUAAAUGAAUCAUUAGCUUCGUUGCCCCCGAGUCAGGUCCCCAGUGGUCGUCAAAGUCCAACAACUGGAUACGGGAUUCCUGGCACGACAAGUAGCCCAGGGUUGGCCAAGGCUGCUUCGGAAACUGGCGGAUUUGGGACCACGCAAUCAUUGCUCCGUCGAGCUGCUGCUGCGGUGUCUGGUACUGCAAAUUCACGUCAGCUAGAAGAAGAUAAGGUUCUAGAUCGCUUCCGUGAGCUACUCAUGCAUGGUAUGUCCAUGAAAGCUUUGGAGCACGCAUGCCGUUCACAAUUAUGGGGUCAUGCGUUCGUUCUCGCACAGCGAAUUGGACCGGCAGUGUUUCAGAAAGUGAUGGAUCGGUUCCUCACCCGUGCUAUCUCCACCUCAGAUCCCAUUCUUACUUUGUAUCAAAUCACUGCAGGCGAAUUGCCUCAAGCGGUCAGCGCGGCCGCCUACGGAAGAGGCUCCGACAACGGCGAAUGGCGUCCCCAUUUGGCUAUGAUUUUGGCCGCCGAAUCGGUUCAACCCGAGUUGACACAAAUGGCUCUUGAAAGACUUGGAGACAGCUUGCUCUCGCGACGCCUCGUUUAUGCGGCUCAUUUGUGCUACCUCCUCAUGGGUCCCCUGGUCAAACACGGUCCAUCCAGUUGUACGCAACAACCGGUUUACCAACUGCCGGAGAAAAUCGUCCUACUGGGAGUAAAUUUGUCCGGAUCGGAUACUGCUGGACCCACAGUCUACGGAGAAAGCCGUGCAUCGUCCCUCAACCCGUUGAAUGCUUCCACAGAGGCGAUUCAACUGACUGAACCAUUCAAGUUGGUUUACGCAACUCGGCUGAUCGAUGCUGGUCUGUUGGACAAAGCGUAUCGGUAUUUGGCUACAAUCGGAAGAGAUCUAUUGUUGGAGGCCAGUCGCUACGAGAGUUCUGGCAACCGUCAAUCAGUAAAUCCCCUUCUGUACAGCAUGGUGGGCAAUUGUCUGCGCUUGAUCGAGCCGUUGCAGAAUCAUCCUGAGUUGGACGGGUUUGAGUUAUCUGGACCUUCACGUGUCCCAAUGAGUCUUGCCGGUGGUGCUUCUGGUGGUGAUUUUCUACAGCAACUUCGUGAUCUGUACGAUCGAAUGAAUCGACAGGUCACUGUCACAUUCGAGACUAUCUCAGCUUUGCAAUCAACAUUCGUCUACAUUCCCGCCUCAUGUAUCCAGCUCGCUCGUGCCCAAUACGCAUGUGUUAUGUACACGGUGCCGAAACCCUCCACGGAUACUACUGGUUCUGGUGAUACACACAUGACCUCUGAACAUAGUUCCCAGCGUCAAAUGCUUCAGGAGACACCCGGUCAAAGUGGUCCAGUUCAAACGGAGUCGCACCAUCACCCCAUGAUUCCCGCCUCUGUCAAUUCUUCAGUUAUGGAGACCAGUUCCACUGCGCCACCUGUCACAGCCUAUCUUGUUCCUGGACAUCGCCAAUCAACUGAUUCUCAAAGUCUUGGUACUGGACGUUCGGAUAUUGCCGCACCGUCCUAUCCAAUCUCCGAUCCCAUGGCCUACGGGACACCUCCGGGCGAAGUACAAAACUCCAAACCGGUUAUGUCAAUGAAUCCUGACAGAAUGGACUCCACAAUGGGGUUCAUGUAUAAUGCCUCCGGAUCCCGCAUGUCAUCUAGCACCGGCCAUAUUUCGGCACCACAACCAGUCGGACCUACAACUUACAAUAUGUCUCAGCCGGUUCCUUCCGACCCUCAUACAUCCUUCGGACAUCACAUAUCCGGCUCUCAUACCGACCCAGCCACUGGUGGUGUUGCAAUGCAGAACGGUCCCGUUUAUCAUUCCAAUCUGUUCGCUCCUCCUUCCUCAUCUGGUCCACAAGUCCGUGACGGUCCCAGUUCAGACGGGACGACUGCGCCGACUGGGCAGAUGCCCAAUACCACUGGGUCGGAAUCGUUCCAACCUAGCCCAAACCUGUUCUUCACUCCAAUGCCAUCCGGUUUCAGUGAGACCGGACCGGACAGUUCGACAGGCGCUGGGGCCCCCGGUGUAUUUGACUAUUUUGCAGGGAUACGAUCUACCGAACAGGUACAUUCUGAUGUGGUUCAUCGAUGA